CAAGGCCAGGCGAAGAUGGCCUCGGGACCGGUGUAUUGCCUCUGUCGGCUUCCUUACGAUGUCACCCGCUUCAUGAUCCAGUGUGACACGUGCCAGGACUGGUUUCAUGGCAGUUGUGUUGGUGUUGAAGAGGAGAAGGCUGAUGACAUUGACCUCUACCACUGCCCCAGUUGUGAGGUCUUCCAUGGGCCCUCCAUCAUGAAAAAACGCUGUGUAUCUUCAAAAGGCCAUGAUACACACAAGGGGAAGCCAGUGAAGACGGGAAGCCCUACGUUCAUUGGAGAGCUUCGGAGUAGGACCUUUGACAGCUCAGAUGAAGUGAUUCUGAAGCCCACUGGAAGUCAGCUGAGCAUGGAAUUCCUGGAAGAGAAUAGCUUCAGUGUGCCCAUCCUGGUCUUGAAGAAGGAUGGAUUGGGGAUGACGCUGCCCUCACCAUCAUUCACCGUGCGGGAUGUGGAACACUACGUUGGUUCUGACAGAGAGAUUGAUGUGAUUGAUGUGACCCGCCAGGCCGACUGCAAGAUGAAGCUUGGUGAUUUUGUGAAGUAUUAUUAUAGCGGGAAGAGGGAGAAAGUCCUCAAUGUCAUUAGUUUGGAAUUCUCUGAUACCAGGCUUUCUAACCUUGUGGAGACACCCAAGAUUGUUCGGAAGCUCUCAUGGGUGGAGAACUUGUGGCCAGAGGAGUGUAUCCUUGAGAGGCCCAAUGUGCAGAAGUACUGCCUCAUGAGCGUGCGGGAUAGCUAUACCGACUUUCACAUUGACUUUGGUGGCAGCUCGGUCUGGUACCAUGUGCUCAAGGGUGAGAAGAUCUUCUACCUGAUCCGCCCAACAAAUGCCAACCUGACUCUCUUUGAGUGCUGGAGCAGCUCCUCUAACCAGAAUGAGAUGUUCUUUGGGGACCAGGUGGACAAGUGCUACAAGUGUUCUGUGAAGCAAGGACAGACACUUUUCAUUCCUGCAGGAUGGAUCCAUGCUGUGCUGACCCCCGUGGACUGCCUUGUCUUUGGAGGGAACUUCUUACACAGCCUUAACAUUGAAAUGCAGCUCAAAGUCUAUGAGAUUGAGAAGCGGUUGAGCACAGAAGACCUCUUCAAGUUCCCCAACUUUGAGACCAUCUGUUGGUAUGUGGGAAAGCAUAUCCUGGACGUCUUUCGAGGUUUGCGAGAAAACAGGAGACACCCUGCCUCCUACCUGGUCCAUGGUGCUAAAGCCCUGAACUUGGCCUUUAGAGCCUGGACAAGGAAAGAAGCUCUGCCAGACCACGAGGAUGAGAUCCCAGAGACAGUGAGGACCGUACAGCUCAUUAAAGAUCUGGCUAGGGAGAUUGGCCUGGUGGAAGAUACCUUCCGACAGAACGUUGGGAAGACAAGCAAUACCUUUGGGCUGCAGAGGAUCUUCCCAGCCGGCUCCAUUCCCUUAACCAGGCCAGCCCAUUCCACUUCAGUAUCCAUGUCCAGGCUGUCACUGCCCUCCAAAAGUGGUUCAAAGAAGAAAGGCCUGGAGCCCAAGGAAUUCUUCAAGAAGGCAGAGCGAAAGGGCAAGGAGAGCUCAGCCUUGGGGCCUGCUGGCCAAUUGAGCUAUAAUCUCAUGGACACAUACAGUCAUCAGGCACUGAAGACAGGCUGUUCCCAGAAAGCAAAGUUCAACAUCACUGGCACCUGCUUGAAUGACUCAGAUGAUGACUCGCCAGACUUGGACCUUGAUGGGAAUGAGGUCCGGCUGGCCCUGUUGACGUCUAAUGGCAGUGCCAAGAGGGUAAAGAGCUUAUCCAAGUCUCGGCGAGCCAAGAUCGCAAAGAAGGUAGACAAGGCUAGGCUGGUGGCAGAACAGGUGAUGGAGGAUGAAUUUGACUUGGAUUCAGAUGAUGAACUGCAGAUUGAUGAGAGACUGGGAAAGGAGAAGGCGACUCUGAUAAUAAGACCAAAAUUUCCCCGAAAGUUGCCCCGUGCGAAGCCUUGCUCUGACCCCAACCGAGUUCGUGAACCAGGAGAAGUUGAGUUUGACAUUGAGGAGGACUAUACAGCAGAUGAGGACAUGGUAGAAGGGGUCGAAGGCAAGCUUGGAAAUGGGAGUGGAGCUGGUGGAACUCUUGAUCUGCUCAAGGCCAGCAGGCAGGUGGGGGGACCUGACUAUGCUGCCCUCACCGAGGCCCCUGCCUCUCCCAGCACUCAGGAGGCCAUCCAGGGCAUGCUGUGCAUGGCCAACCCACAGUCCUCAUCAUCCUCGCCAGCUACCUCCAGCCUGCAGGCCUGUUGGCCCGGGGGGCAGGAGCGAAGCAGUGGGAGUUCCAGCAGUGGGCUGGGCACAGCGUCUAGCAGUCCUGCUUCCCAGCGCAUCCCAGGGAAGUGGCCCAUCAAGCGGCCAUCAUACUGGAGAACCGAGAGCGAGGAGGAGGAGGAGAACGCCAGUCUCGAUGAACAGGACAGCUUGGGAGCAUGCUUCAAGGAUGCAGAGUAUAUUUACCCUUCCCUGGAGUCUGACGAUGAUGACCCUGCUUUGAAAUCUCGACCCAAGAAAAAGAAGAAUUCAGAUGAUGCUCCAUGGAGUCCUAAAGCCCGUGUGACCCCAACUCUACCGAAGCAGGACUGUCCUGUGAGUGAGGGGACCCGGGUAGCUUCCAUUGAGACAGGCUUGGCUGCAGCAGCUGCAAAGUUGGCCCCGCAGGAGCUACAGAAGGCCCCAAAGAAGAAAUAUAUCAAGAAGAAGCCUUUGUUGAAGGAGGUAGAACAGCCUCGUCCUCAAGAGCCUAAUCUCAGCGUGGCAGUACCAGCCCCACCUCUGGCCACUACACCCCAACUUCUCACCUCCUCCUCGCCCCUGCCUCCCCCUGAGCCUAAACAAGAGGCCCUCUCAGGAAGUCUUGCUGACCAUGAGUGUACUGCUCGUCCCAAUGCCUUUGGCAUGGCCCAGGCAAACCGCAGCACCACACCCAUGGCCCCUGGUGUCUUCUUGACCCAGCGGCGCCCUUCAGUUGGCUCCCAGAGCAAUCAAGCAGGACCAGGAAAGCGUCCCAAAAAGGGCCUGGCUACGGCAAAGCAGAGACUCGGCCGUAUCCUGAAAAUCUACAGAAAUGGCAAAGUGCUUCUGUGAUCCCCUUUGUGUCCUGCCCCUCACCCCUUCACCCCCAUUGCCUUCUCCGUUGUCAAUUCUCAGGGCACUCCUGGAUCCUACC